CUUAGUAACAACCGGACAGUAUAAUAGUGACAACCAAGGUGAUUAGUUUUUCAAAUUGGUUUAAACCGAGUGAUCGUUCAUCAGUUGAAUUAUUUCAAUUAAUAAUUCAGCAAAAGAGAAAUUAAUUUUGUAUUUUUACCAUUAUGAGAGUAAAAAAUUAUCCGAAACGGAGAAUUCAAAGAAACUUUUCUACUAAAUGUGAAAAUAUAUCUAAUUGUAAUGUACAAUGGAAUAUACCAAUGAAUGUUGGACAAUUACAAGAAAACAAUACUUGUAAUGCAUACACGAAUCAUGCUUACGUUUAUGAAGCAUUGAAUUUAGAAAUGAAAAAAGCAUCAAUAUCAGUGGAAGAAUUUAAUAAUUCAGAGUUAUCUGAAGCUCUAGAUUUAUCAAUCAAAAACAUACCUGUAUCGACUCCAAAUGAAUUUUUAUCAUCGUCAGAUCCAAAGAAAGAAUUCAAAGAUUUGUACUUAUACAAAAUAUUAACUAAUCAACAAUUGCUGGAUGAUUUAAAAAAAAAUGUGAAUGCUAAUGAAAAUGAAAGUGAUGAUAACUCAUUGAGUUGUCAAUAUUGUAAACGACAGUUUACAUCUGAACAGGAAUUAAUGGAACACUCGAAUGUCACAAAAAAUAUUAUUACCAAUAAAGUGUCCUGCUGUGCUUGUCAAAAAACAUUUUCGCAAAAGCGAUAUUUAAAAUAUCACCAACGAUGCCACUCCGACAGGAAUAAAUUCACGUGUGAUAUUUGCAGGAAGAAAUAUUCUCGAUUGGACAAUUUGACACGCCACAAUAUUUUCCACACAAAUCCAAACAAAUUUCGAUGUUCAUUUUGUGAUAGAACAUUCGCCAGAAAGGAUUUACUUAAUAAACAUAUUAAAUCACAUGAAAAUAAGAAUCGCUAUCGUUGUGAAAUAUGUCAGAAAUCGUUCAAAGGGCCAAUAACUCUAAAAAAUCAUAAUGAAAUUUUUCAUGUGAAUGAAUAAUUAUUAAAAUAUUAAUUUAUUCUUUUCUAUAAUUAUAUUAUACGUCAA